AUGUCUAGUUUGACCAUCUUCAUAUCGGGCAACAAUUGGAUUUGUCAUUGCAAAGAAAUACGUUUCUUUCGAUUCACCAAGAAUCUGGCAGAGAAUAUCAAGGACCUGUGUAAGACAGAAUGCCACGAUUCCAGAUUAUUUGUUUCCUUGGAGGAGAUAGAUCUAUGCCCUGAAAAAAUUCCUCGAUAUGUCAUCUACUUCACAUCGUUCAUAAUGCUGAGCUGUCUGUUGAGUUUCCUGCAAUGCUUCUGGAAGUCCAUUGUGAUGUGGCUAUACGAAAAGAGAUUGUUCCUGAAACUCACCACUCGUCUGGAGAAGGGCACGGAGACCAAGUACGACUGCUUUUUGGCCUACUGCCAUAAGGAUUCUCAUUUGGUAAGUGAGUAUGUGGAAAGAUUGGAGCAUGGACGGAACCGACUUCGUCUCUGCUUCUAUGAAAGAGAUUGGUUGGCUGGUGAACCGAUUCCUGACUGCAUUUGUCACUCUGUCGAGAAUUCCAAGUGCAUUGUCAUUUUAAUGACAACGAAUUUCCUCAAGUCGGUCUGGGGUCGCCUGGAAUUUCGUUUGGCCCUUCAUGCCACCUCCAAGGAUCAGUACAAGCGACUCAUUGUGAUUAUCUAUCCGGGAGUGGAGAACUUUGAUGAACUCGAUGGCGAACUUAAAAGCUACUUGAAACUGAAUACCUAUCUCAUGAGGAAUGAGGCCAAUUUCUGGAAUAAGCUCAUUUAUACUUUGCCCCACAAGAUGAUAGAUGAGGACGAGGAAAUAGAGAUGAUCAAUAUCGAACCCUCAAAUUGAGUUAAUCUGAGCUUUUCGUACGUAUAAUCUUCAGUGGAUAAUUGUUGAAGACACCUACGUUUACUGAUGUCCCAAU